AUGAGCUCGUUUGAUCAAGAAUCACGUUCAGCAAAACAUAUAGUAGAUUUAGAACAAUUGGAGCGCUCAAAUGUGUCAUUAUUGGAACAAUUUCGAACACUAGAAGAACUCAACAACAUCAACCAAUCGCCAGACAGAGUGAUCAAGGAACAUAUUUCCUUAUUGAAGAAAUACAAUGAACUACGCGACACAGGCCUGGCUCUUGCCCAGAUGAUUGCAGACGAAAAAAAUUGCAAAAUAAAGGAAGUUUUCGAGGAAAUGAACUACGAAAUGAGUGACAAGCUAUGA